UGUUGCGCAUGCGUAUGAUGUAUGGCGGGAACAAAGUUGGGGAAAACAAAACAUGAAAGCAAAAUAAACCAAAAUGGCGUUAACCAAAAAUGUAAUAAAGCAAAUUGUUUGCUGUCGUGAUACCGACAAUCUGCCACCUAAUCCUAUUGUUCAGAUUCUGGGUAUAAAAAAGCUUGCUGCUGGACCAGGAGGACAAGACCGUUAUAGGCUUGUUUUAUCAGAUGGAGUUGAUUUUUACACUUCGGCCAUGCUUGGCACACAGUUGAAUGAUAUGGUUCAUGAUGAUAUGGUGGAAGUGAAAGCAGUCAUACAAAUGAAUCGCUAUACGUGCAAUGUUGUACAGAAGACCAGAAAAAUUAUUGUGGUCUUGGAAUUAACAGUUCUUCAGAAAGCUGCUGAAGUUGAGGGUAAGAUAGGUGAACCUACCCAGUUGUCUGACUUGGUUGAAGAGCAGGCACAAAUGAAAGCUGUCAUUAAACAAGAAUCUGUGGAUAACAAUAACCAGCCUCCUAAACCAUACAGCAACAGCUUCAAAAAAACUUCAAACAGUAUUGCAUAUACCAAGCAACCUCCCCCGAAGCAAUCAUUUUAUGGAAGUAAUACAUCACAAACUACAACUAAAAAUGUAUUUCCCAUCUCUUCGCUUACACCAUACCAAAACAGGUGGACGAUACAAGCUAGGGUAACAAAUAAAGCAGCCAUCAGGCAUUACAGUAAUGCUAAAGGACAAGGAAAGCUGUUUAGUUUCGAUCUGGUUGACCAAUCUGGUGAAAUAAGAGCUACAGGCUUUAAUGAGGUUGUGGACAAAUACUAUGACAUGCUGGAACAAGGAAAGGUGUACUAUAUUACAAAAGCCUCAUUAAAGCCAGCAAAUAAGCAAUACAGUUCUUUGCGUAACGACUACGAAAUGUCUCUGAAUAAUGAUACUAUUAUUGAACUGUGUGAGGAAGCCUGUGAUCUACCACAGCUGCAAUUUAACUUCAAACGCAUAAAAGACAUCGAACAAGUAAAUAAGGAUUCAUUGAUCGAUGUGAUAGGCGUGGUAAAGUCAACAACUGAUGUUACUCAAAUCACCACAAGAACAACAAACAAACAAGUGUCAAAACGAGAGGUUACGCUUGUUGAUCAAUCUGGAGCUGCUAUAAAUGCAACCCUCUGGGGUGGAGAGGCGGAAAACUUUGAAGAAUACGUCGGCAAAAACCCUGUGAUAGCUAUUAAAGGUGCUAAGGUGUCAGAUUUCGGGGGCAGGUCAUUAUCCAUCCUCGGCUCGAGUGUUUUCCACAUCAAUCCUGAUGUACCAGAAUCACAUGAAUUGAAGGGAUGGUUUGACAACGGUGGAGCCAGUGAGCAAACUGCAUCAUUGUCUGGACAAAGAAUGGACGGAAUGUCUGGUGGAGUGUAUAAGACGAUAGCUCAAAUCAAAGAUGAAAACCUCGGCAUGGGUGAAAAGGCUGAUUAUUUCAAUUUGCGUGCUUAUUGUGUUUUCUCCAAGAAAGAAAACUGCAUGUAUCAGGCGUGUCCCAGUGCAGAGUGUAACAAAAAGGUGACAGAAGAUAAUGGUCAGUACAGAUGUGAAAAGUGUGAUCGAACGUAUCCUGAUUUUAAAUAUCGAAUGAUUUUAUCGUCGAAUAUAUCUGAUUUUACUGGAAAUCAGUGGAUCACAUCUUUCCAAGAAAGUGCUGAAGUUAUCUUAGGUGUGACGGCUGAACAGCUUGGUAACUACAAAGACAGCGAAGACCAGGAAAAGUUCGAAUCAAUUUUCAAGGAAGCCGCUUUCAAGCCAUUCGUUUUUAAAAUACGCGCUAAGAUGGAGAGCUACCAGGAUGAUGUGAGGUUGAAGUGUUCGUCAGUCUCGGCUAUGCCUAUGAAUUUCAAACAAGAAUCGAAAAGACUGAUAGAAGAAAUAAAGAAAUUAGAAAUGUGUUAAAACGAAAAUCAAGCUGAAAUAUAAAACGCAGUGACUUCAGCUUAUAAACGUAACUUAAAUCCUUGUGAACAACAGAGAGACUGCUCAACAAUUGUUGGAAACAGACACGAUAUAAAAUAGGGACGUUCAUCAGACUUAAUAAGUAAAUUAAACAAUCUUAGUUGGAAUUCAAAAUGUACUAUAGACAGUGUUUACAGUAGAAUUUUUUUUCUUUUUUCGUUUUCUUGCUUUGAAUACAGAACUUUUUGUUAUA